GUGGCGAGAAAAUGACGGAAGCUGGUUGGCAGUGAUUCCGAAAUGUCUACGCGACAAAAUGAUACAAGAAUGCCACCAGUUAGCUCAUACAGGUGUCUCACGGACAGCUGACCUUCUCAGACAAAGUGCAUACUGGCCAGGUAUGAGAGAGGAUGUUGCCAAAUACGUGCUGGGGUGUCCUCAUUGUCAACUGAUGAAAGGUGAUCGGUAUGUACGGCCGCCACUGCAGUCGAUUCCAGUAGCAGCGGUUGGUGACCUGUGGUCGGUGGACGUAAUGGGACCAUUUCCGCAGACGUCUAGUGGCAACCAAUACCUGUUGGUGAUGACGGAGCAUGCUACACGAUGGGUAGACGCUGUCGCGAUUCCUGAUCAACGCGCGAAGACAGUGACCGCAGCGGUGAUGCGGCAUAUUAUCGCGGAUCACGGUGUGCCGAAGAUGAUACUGACCGACCAAGGUCCUUGUUUUGAGAGUGAAGAAUUUAAAUCCUGUUUGGAGCAGCUUGAUAUCAAGAGGAUAAGAACGACGCCGUACCACCCACAGACUAACGGUUUGACAGAACGGAAUAACCGUACACUGAAGGAGUGGCUAGCUUCGAAAGGAGGAAAUUGGGAGACGGAACUGCCGUUAGUAUUAUUAGCUCAUCGUGCCUCGGUACAAGGAACAACCAAGAAGUCGGCGUUCCAGUUAAUGUAUGGCAGGAAACCACGGCUCCCGAUACAUAGUAAGACCUGGCCCCAACAACAGCCUUGGAACAUGACAAGAUUGAGAGAGGAGCGGAAACAGGCUAUCAGGAAUGUGGAACGAAAGCAGAAGGCUGAUGCUGAAAAAUCUGAGCAGAGAGAAGGAAGUAAAUGGAAACCAUUUGAGGUUGGAGAUCAGGUGAAAUGUAAAGAACGAGGAUAUACGUCAGGAGGUGAGUAUGGCAGAAGGAAACUACUUCCGAAGUGGGAAGGACCAUACAUCAUUACCGAGAGACGCGGUUCAAUUUAUACCAUCAAACAAGGGAACAAAGAGAAAAGAGUAAACGCCAGCCUACUUCAAAAAUGGAAGCAGUGGAAAAAAGACGAAACAGCGAGUGAAAACCAAGAGAAGACAGCACCAAGACGAUCAACACGGUUGCAAGCCCGGAAUUUUGAGGGGGGGGACGAGUGUAGUGGGCGUUGCUGAUAACAACGGAUAUAAGUAGUAUAUAUCGAGAGGGUGGCAGGAAUCAUAGGGAAUUAC